AUUUCGUAGAAAUUUUCGUGUCCCAGUAACAGAAGCUUAUCGCUCAUAGAUAAACCGAUACAACUCACACCUUCAACCUUCACACCUGUCUUGUUUGCAAUCUAUUCAAAUUUGGCCACGUGACGUCACUCGGUACUAAGGCAGACUGACGUGUGGCUUAUUAUUAAAGCUCGAGAAGUUUCGGCAGAGUCAGUGAGUCUCUCUGCGAUACAGCACCGGAGCAAUCUCCUAAAGUUUCCAUUAUCUCUAUAAGAAACUAUGGUGCUUCAACAGUGUUUGGCCUGUAACUCAGUGAAGGCUGACUCACGCAUAUCGUGUGUGUGUGGUCACGUGUUUGAGCGUUCCAAGCUGAUUGGCGGAAAAAGGUUUUCAGAAUAUCGAGUGGAGCUAUAUUCUCGUUUGGAAAACAGAAGAAUGAAGAGGCUCACAAGAGAAAAAAGGGGAGGAACCGAAAAUUGCAAAAAGACGCAACACAAGGUCAACAAAGUGACAGAAGAAACAGCUUCCGUGCAUCCCCCGCGUAAAGUUAAGGCGUCACACACAUCCGGCAGAUCGGGUUUGGUUCACCGACGAAUAAAAACCAAAAGAUUUUCGCACACAGCUGGCUCUGUACCAAAAAAAACGGCCGUGCCCCCAGAACUCGUGUCUAGGCUUCCAAGUGCUCUUCAAGAAAUUAACAGAAGGUUGACAGGACAGAAUCUCAUGUGGUGGACAGUACACUGGCUGCAGUAAAAGUCCGGACAGCUAUCCUUCUGAUUAAAAUUCUCAACGUAAAACGUUUUAUAUUGCCAACCGGCCACAGGGAAGAGAAGGACCAAAAGUCAUCUAUGGAAUCAACGAACUAAAAAAAACAACCAAAAAAAUUACAAGACAGCAUCAGUAUUGUUAUCUGUUCUCUGCGGUCUUACCGAUUUUGAACUAACUGAAAAACCCUGCACAUGCAGCGAGGUGAUUGAAUUUCCUAUAGGAGGGGGUUACUAAGCCAAGUUUACAUAUGCUAGCUACGUUCCGAAAUCAAAACUCGAUUUCCUUUAUGCACAUUAUCUUUAGGUGCAUUAUCUUACAACUCCUUUAAUGACGUACUUCCCCGCUGUAUUCAGGUCAGGCGUAACAAGGGGUAGGUUUGUAUAUAUUUUCUUCUCACUUUCAAUGGCAUCUGAUGGGUGGGAUGUUUCCUAUGUAAAUACAAAGCAUUUUAAACGACCGGGGGUUUAUUUAAGCAAAAUGACCUAAUUUCCUAAAGCUGGAACGGAUAGUUGAGCAGUUGUUUCUAAUUUCAGCACAAAACCUUCUUUCAUCAGUUCGCAAUAUGCUGUUAUCUGUAAAUAUGCAGACCGGUCAGUGUAAUGCAUUUUUUAUGAAGAACUGGAUAGAAUUAUUUAUCAAACAUUGAUUGCGCCAAAGACAUCUGAAGCGACAAUUUUAGCGAGAAAAAGUAAAAUAUUAGGUUCUAAGUAAAGUUUUUAAAACUGUUUGAAUACAAAACUACCUCAGGAAAUAGAGAUAAACUCUGCCAAAAUCAGUCUUAAUCAAUAUAUAUCGAUUCCAUAUAGUGACGCUUUUGUCAUGCCUUUCACCUUUAUCAUAUGAUACUGAACUGAAAAAGAAAAAACUGAUAAAUUAGUCGCCGCUGUCCUACUGUCGGCACGCAAAGAAACAUUUAUAGUUACGUGGUGGCACUUUUAAAUAAAUUGCAUCUCCUAAU